AUGGCAGAAGAAGAAUUGGACAUUUUUCACAUCAAAUGUCCCAUUUGUCUGGAUGUUUACGUCGACCCGGCCAUCCUCACUUGUGGCCAUCUCUUCUGCAUGACGUGUAUCGAGAAUGCCAAAAAUAUCACGAAAGCCUGUCCGAUGUGUCGCUGUCCGAUAAGCAAAAUUAAAAAGAGAGACGAUCGGGUCAAGGAAGUGAAGAAAAUCAUGGUCACGCAUUAUGCCAUCUGCCAUUCGUGUGGGGAAACGAUUCUUUUAUCCGUACUACGUGAGCACGUGACAGCGUGCGAAAAGACUGCCAAAAAUUCCAACAAGAAAACUCCUCCGGUACAAAAAUCAUUCGAUGCGCGAUGUGCAGAAAGAAGAUCGCGCCGAACGGACUCUUAA